AUGCGCGGGGCUGAGCUCCUGCUCGUGUACUUUUUGGUCAAAGUCAUGGUGUGUGAUGCGGAGGGCGAGCCGGGUCACACAGAAGACGACUUUUUGAUCGGGUAUAACGACUCCGUAGAGAUCGAUACGUCGGAGAGUCCACACACUGAGGAUAAAUGUCGCGGGUACUACGACGUGAUGGGCCAAUGGGACCCACCGUUCGUGUGCAGGACGGGAAACUACUUGUACUGCUGUGGCACCUGUGGAUUCCGCUUCUGCUGUGCGUUCAAAAGCUCACGGCUGGAUCAAACCACCUGCAAGAACUAUGACACCCCACCGUGGAUGAUGACAGGACGACCACCGCCAAAGGUAGACGUGGCUCUGGACGCUUCCAAGGAUAAAACUAACCUGAUCGUGUAUGUGAUCUGCGGAGUGGUGGCCAUCAUGGCAUUAAUAGGGAUUUUCACCAAACUCGGUUUGGAGAAGACGCACCGGCCAAACCGAGAAAACAUGUCCAGGGCUCUUGCAAAUGUGAUUCACCACUCUGAAAAUGAUGGUGCAGUUGGGCAACACUAUGAGAAUCUACAAAGCAGAAUGAACAGCCUGCACAAUGACCAACUCAAUAACUCAAGCCAAGCAUCCACGCUAAUACCACAGCCUUACCCAGUCCCAGACCUCAGCAGCCCCUAUGACCACCAGCUGCCCGUCAAAGACAUCAACACGUACGCCACACUCAAGGCUGUAGCGGAGAAGGUGAACCUGUACAGCUUCAGACAGCAGUCGUUGGAGAUGUCCCUUAAAGGCGCCCUGCCCAUGGAGCCUCUGGACGAGGCGGAGCCCAGUAACCCAUACAGCCCGCCCCGACACCCCUCCCUCAAACAGAGCCGCCACAAGCCCCGUCCCCCACGGAGCCACAGCUCUCAGUCUCUGUACUACGGCAAUAACAGCCCCGCCCUCCUCCGCUCCUGGGACAGUCGCGACACACUGGGCCUGAGGCAAGUCUACACCCCUCAGAAACUGUGUGAUAGAGAAGGAACUGCACACCACGCGCUAUAUGCCCCCCCAGCCGUACUUUGUCACCAACAGUAAGACAGAGGUGACAGUGUAAAGGGUAGUAAAAGACUGCAGACUGUGGAUGGGGUCCGGAGCACU